CAGGUGACAUUUGCAUAUGCAAGCAUUAGCUUAAGCUGUCUAUUCCUAACAGGGGGAAGUCACUAAAACGGUAUGUGCCAGCAAAAACAAACUCGCUCAGUCGUGAAAACACAGAGAUAUGAUCCUAUCGGUGUGAAUGUGCGCAGGAUUGCAAGCCUGACAAUGAACAUGUGAGGAAGCCACAGAGCGGUGGAUCUAUUUCGAUCAGUUGAUCCGAUUCAGCACAUUGGAACGGUCGCGUGUGUACUCGCGCUCAGAAUGGGACGCUGCCCUUUAACGCAUCAAACCGAUGCCUUGAAAAUACUUUACGAGCUGCGGGCUCCCAAGAUAAACAGGAGCUGUGAUGGAGACGGUGAAGGUCAGUGUGGAUUAACAACACCACCUGUCCGCGGGCACGAGUCCGCGAAGCAGUCGCGCAGGUUGAAGACGAUCGCGGAGAGAGCUCGAGAAAGCUGCUUCACGCGACUCAUCGAUAUAUUGACGCAGCUCAUAUCUAUAGAGGAAGACUUUAUAAAAAGCGCUUCAAGACACGAAACGAGUUUGCUUAGGUGCAAGGACAGUGUUGACCUGAAGAACAUCUGCUUGAGGAUGGCUCUUGGUGAAGGUGCUUCCCGCUCGGAUAGAGACUUGAGGGAACUUCGGGACUGUCUUCGGCUCAUAGUCAGUAAUCUGCUCGACUAUGUGCGAGAUGAGAACAGUCUGACCUCCACCGUAACCAGACACAAGCUGAGAGAACUAUACAAGUCCUUCCCUGAUAUCUGAAGAUCUCUAGAUGUGGGAUUUCUUUGCAUGAAUUCUAAGGAACAGCCUCUGAAAUCAAAAUCAACGUUUUUCAAUCAGGUUGCUGCUUCCAUGCGGGCCUCAAGAUGACUCGAAGUAUUUGAAAUAUAACAAGCAAGCAUUAAAAUAUACAUGAAUAAACUCUGAGAGAGACGGAAGUUUUCUCAGGUUAUGUGUCAAAAGGUCCAUGUGUCAAAAGACAGUUUUGUUUAUAGUAUUGUUUUUUGUUUAAAGUUGAUAUCUUCAUCAAGUGUUUUUCCUAUUUAUCAUGAGUCGAAAUCAGGUCAAAGAAUGAAAUUCUCUUGAAUCAUACCAGAGUGUCUCUCAGCAUGACAGUCAGUACAAGUAAAACAAGUCUGGUUGGUUGGUUGGUGAUUGUGCUGAAUCCAGUCAGCUCGACAGGUGGGAUGCCUGAGCAAAGUCACACCUCUGGGAUGUUUUUGUUAUGGAAGGCUUUGUUACCUGAUGGUAAACAAAGGAACAGCUGGACAUUAAUUCAAAGGAAUUGGGUGGAGGAUGGGUGUGUUUGAAUUUGUGAAUUCCAGUGUUUUGUUCAAGUAAAAUGACAUCACAUUACAAUAAUGUUCAAAAUAAAGUCAUUUUAUUGUUACAUUA